UCCGCGAUAGUUGGCUAAUUGUCGGGCUCUGUGGUGGGAAUCACACAGUUGUGAUCUUCUGGAUUCUCUAUGGCUCCCAAUAACAAGACCGUAUCAGCCGGCACGCAUCCCCAUGGUGGCGGGGGCCAAGCCUUCACGGGGCAGAAGUGCCCCUUUGCUUCUUUGGCACCGCAGGCGGCCAGUAGCGGCGGUAGCAAUCGGAAUCCCCACGCGGUGCUGACAAAGCAGAAGUCCAUGUACGUUGACGGGCUGGCGGCGCGCAUCCACGACGACAUGAACUUGGCGGUGCUGGCGGGGAUGGCGCUGAUGGCCGCCUGGGCAAUGUGGGAGGGGGACAGGUGGACCCAGUACGCGCUGACAUUAUUCGCGGCGGGUUACAUGGUGCUGGACGCGUGUUGGAUCUUGUGCAACCCUUCGGGCGUCAAGUCGCCAAAAACUGUACUUGGUCACCACGUGGCCACCCUCUCGGUGCUGGUGGACCCCCUGCUCCAGCCGCAGCACGCCUUCUACACGGCGUGCGCGCUGCUGGUGGAGUUCAACACGUUCCUCCUUAUCCUACGGCGUCGGGUGUCGUGGGGAGGUCUCCUGGAGGUGCCCUUCGCGUUGUCGUGGGUGGCGCUCAGAUUAAUUUGGUAUCCGUUCCUCGGCUUUUAUUUCACAAUGUGCACGUUCCCGGAGACCCUGAAGGCCCUCUACCCCGAGCGGCUUGUGGAGUGGAGGUUCGCUGUGGAGGAAGAUCGGCCGGUUCCCAUGUUCCUCGGCAGCUACCUCGCGUGGGUGGGAAUCUGCAUCUUCCAAGGCUGGUGGUCGUGCGCGCUCGUGAGGAGCUACGGCCGCCCUGCCGUCGUGACACGAGACAAAAAGUUCCUGUAACGUUUUUGCGGUGUUUGGCCGGCUUUUCGCAGAAUUAUCAGAAGGUGGCGGGGGCGGGGUAGUGAGGCAGGAGUAUGGCGGUUCGGCGAGCGCGGGCGAAGAUGAGCUAGCCCCCCCGCUACUGGGCCUGACUGAGAGUCUUGAUGGCCGCCACGCGAAGGAUGAAUGUGUCCGUGAUGGAUGUUAGUUGUAAGCACGGGUGAUGUUGGUGUUUUUUUGUUUGUUUUUUUACGAAUUCGGUGUGACGUCUGCGCGGUGAUGCUCGAAGCUCUCUGAUCAAGAACAGACCGACCCCGAUAGAGCGUUUGUUGCUUGGUUGGUGGAACCCGUACAAUCCGGUUGUUUGUGGCUUUGGCCAUCGCAGUGCGACGGUGCCGUGGCGAUGACGGCGGUAGCGAUGUUUCGUAUUAGUGGUGAUGCGUGGGGCCUUGUAGAUAUUUGCGUUAAUUUAGUGGGAGGCCCGCGUCUUUGGGAUGCAAAUGCGGGGGGGGCGGAGAACUACCAGGACGUGUUUGGCCUCGGGUGCACGUCCCCCUUUUCGGUCCCUCAAUGUAUGCUAGCACCGACACAUUGUGUCCUCGUGACCGUUCUUAUUCAGGGUCAGGGGGUUUGCCUGACAUGGGAAAUGCACCCAGAGCUUCAGAUUGCCGGGGACGUUGGGGGGACGGGACUUGGCUGAACCCUCGUUGUGGUGCGGAUUGAUUUUUCUCGGCGACGGUGAAGAGUUCCACCCGCCAGGAACAACCUUCCUUUUUUGCCGCCGUUCCCGUCGGCGAUAUAUGGGUACCCUAGCGCGUCUUGAGAAGCGUCACAAGAGCCAAUGUCCACGUGAUCGAAGUGAAGCUUUUCUCGGCUUGUUUGGCCUUGGGCGACGCCUCUGCACUGAGGCGGAGCGUGGCAGAUGUGACGGCCCUUGACUGGAAGCACACCUCAUGUUAGCAAUCGGUGACAUUCCUUGUGUCUUCACAGAGGCUCAGCACACUCAGGCCCAGAGUAUGGGUACCAGUCCUUGCGUCUUUUGAUGUUGCUUGCUGUGAUACAGUUUUUUUUUGUCACACCAUGUUUCUGUUUCUUUGAAUGUGUGCCUCUACGCCAGGCUGGCCGAGAGGUAGUGAAAUGGGGGAGUUAGAGCUACACGGGAGUGAUUUCCUGUUUCGCACAACCAUGCUUUGUUAGUUGAGUGUGAGAACCGAUACGCGUGCGUGUGGCCUUACCGCGAAGGCGCGUGUACGAAGUUGGAUCGCGUCUUGUUCUUACCAGCGCGCUCCUCGCAGGUAGUUCAAUAGCGAGGCGCUUGGUUCAGGGACGGCAAGUAUUUCGCGAAGAAAAUCUUAUAAAGUACUCGCGUAUCAUG